AUGCUGGUGAAUUUUCAACUUUCAGAUACCAAUCUUUUGGGUUUCACUACCACACUUCCUUCUCCACCCAAUACCUCUGUUACCACUCCCUCGAAAACUACCCAUGCUCCUAAUAAUUAUCGAUCCAAGAACCUUAAUUUGGAUAGAAAUGCUGAUUCCACCCCCCUAAGGAAGAUGUUCAAUAACAAGGUGCACUCCACCUGUUCGAAGAAAUGGGUUUCUCGACGCAUUUCUUCAGUCCUCCACGCCCUUAAUACCUUUCACGAUUUGGAUAACGCUCUCAGACAAUGGGAGGAGACUCUCUCAAGCAGGGAAAUCAGUGCAAUUCUGAAAGCCCAGGUUUCUUGGCAGAGGUCUCUGCAAAUUUUCGAGUGGUUCAAGAAAAAGGGUUGCUAUGACUUGAACGUUAUUCACUACAACAUAAUGCUCUGGACCCUUGGCAGAGCGCGCAAGUGGGGGCUUGUGGAGAGUUUGUGGAGGGAAAUGAAUGCAAAAGGGGUUGUACCUGUGAAUUCCACGUAUGGGACCUUGAUUGAUGCCUAUAGCAAGGGUGGAGUCAAAGAAGAGGCUCUUUCUUGGCUUCAUAGGAUGCAGAGUCAAGGAAUGGAGCCUGACGAGGUCACCAUGGCGAUUGUUGUUCUCUUGUACAAGAGGGCUGGAGAGUUCCGAAAAGCUGAAGAGUUUUUCAGAAGAUGGAUAAGAGUCGCACCUGUUAGAUUAGGGGUUAAUCAUAAUCAUGCAGUGGAUAAUAAACUAUCACAUGCCAAUAUUUGUUUAAGCUCUAAUACAUAUACUACCUUGAUUGACACAUAUGGGAAGGGUGGUCAAUUUCGCGUAGCAUGUGAAACUUUUGCUAGGAUGAUCAGACAAGGCAUGGCCUUGAAUACAGUAACACUCAAUUCAAUGAUUCAUUUAUAUGGAAACUGUGGACGGCUACAGCAAGCUUGUUUGCUGUUCCAGAAGAUGGGAGAGUUUCGGUGCCUACCAGACACUCGGACGUAUAACAUCCUCAUUUCUACUCAUAUUAAGAAUAAUAAUCUCAACAUGGCAGCUAAAUGUCUUGCAAGGAUGAAACAGGCCUGCCUUGAGCCAGAUGUUGUGAGUUAUCGAAUCCUCUUGUAUGCAUACUCGACAAGGAAAAUGGUCCAAGAAGCAGAAGAGCUUGUACAGGAGAUGGAUGAAAGGCAUCUUGCAAUUGAUGAAUUCACCCAAUCUGCUGUGACUAGAAUGUAUGUAGAAUCAGGCAUGCUUGAGCAGUCAUGGUUGUGGUUCAAGAGGUUUCACCUAGCUGGGAAUAUUAGUUCUGUCAGUUAUUCAGCCAAUAUUGAUGCUUAUGGAGAGCGAGGGUACACUUCAGAAGCAGAGAAAGUAUUUAUGUGCUGCAAAGAAAAAAAGAAGCUCACUGUCCUUGAGUUUAAUGUGAUGAUUAAAGCUUAUGGGAUAGGACAAUGCUACGAUAAAGCAUGUCAAUUGUUUGAUUGUAUGAAGAAAUUUGGUAUUGUUGCAGACAAAUGUAGUUACGGUUCUCUCAUACAUAUUUUGGCCAAGGCUGACAGGCCGCAUGUUGCAAAAUCUUAUCUUGAAAGAAUGCAGGGUGCAGGACUUGUGAGUGACUGUGUUCCAUAUUGUGUUGUGAUAUCAAGCUUCAUAAAGUUAGGUCAAUUGGAAAUGGCUGAAGAAUUAUACAAGGAGAUGCUUGGAUAUGCCGUGCAGCCUGAUGACAUUAUUUAUGGUGUUUUUAUCAAUGCUUUUGCUGAUGCAGGAAGUGUUAAAAAAGCCAUCAAUUAUGUUAACGAAAUGCAAAAGUCAGGAUUGUCAGGUAAUCCAGCUAUAUAUAACUCUUUGAUAAAGUUGUAUACUAAAGUAGGCUACCUGAAAGAAGCACAAGAAACAUACAAGUUACUUCUAUCGUCAGAUGAAGGUCCUUCUAUAUUUUCCUCUAACUGUAUGAUUGAUCUUUAUACUGAACGACUUAUGGUUGAACAAGCAAAAGAGAUAUUCGACAGCCUGAAGAAGAAUGAAGUUGCGAAUGAGUUUUCAUAUGCAAUGAUGCUAUGUAUGUAUAAGAAAAUUGGAAGAUUGGAUGAAGCCAUUCAAAUUGCUACACAGAUGAGAAGACUAGGUCUCUUGACCGAUGUAUUGAGUUAUAAUAAUGUGCUUGGUUUGUAUUCUAUGGAUAGGAGGCUAAGGGAAGCUACAGAGACUUUCAAGGAAAUGAUAAAAGCUGGCAUUCAACCAGACGAUUUCACAUUUAGAGCUCUUGCAAACAUUUUGCUGUAUUGUGGAGUUUCAAAGCAGGCUGUUGGCAAGCUAGAAGUAAUAGUGAAAAGGGAUGCUCCUAACGGUUUUCAAGCAUGGAUGCUGGCACUCUCAUGCGUAUCUGAAGGAGAUAGUUUUACAAAUGAAUAG